UUCGCGAGACCAACUAGAUAGACUUUAUCAUUUGGUACUUGAGACAUGUCAAAGACAUGCAUCGACCCAUGAGGAUGUGCCACUGAACCCUUGGGGCGUGCAGAAAGCCUCAUUCGCUGAUCCCUGCCUCCGAUCCCGCCGCCACUUCCACCGAUAUCGAUUUCAAAGCACUGUACCAACCUCACAGUCACAAUGCUACGACCCACACCACCGCCCUUCCUAUACACACCGACGCGUGCACCCGACUGAGUCCAAGAUGCCGCUCGAAAACAUCCAGAACAUCAUUCUCGUCCUCUCCGGCAAAGGCGGGGUAGGCAAAUCCAGCAUCACCACGCAGCUCGCCCUGACGCUCUCGUUGCAAGGCCACACGGUUGGCGUUCUGGACAUCGACCUUACAGGCCCAUCCAUACCGCGAUUCUUUGGGAUAGAAGACAAGAAGGUCAGGCAGGCACCUGGGGGUUGGAUACCGGUUGAGGUUCACGGGCGGCAGAAGUUGCCCACACACACAAACCAAGAUGGAGCGCAAGAAGUGGGGGAGCUAUCAUGCAUGUCUCUAGGCUUUAUUCUUGCCUCCCGCAGCGACGCAGUUAUCUGGCGUGGCCCCAAGAAAACCGCAAUGGUGCGUCAAUUUCUCACUGACGUGCUGUGGCCGCGCCUUGAUUACUUGCUCAUCGAUACACCACCUGGUACUUCGGAUGAGCACAUCUCACUUCUCGAGACCCUCUUGAAACAAACGGCCGGGACCAAGCAACUUGCUGGCGCCGUCAUCGUGACAACGCCACAAGCCAUUUCAAUAUCCGAUGUCAAGAAGGAACUCAAUUUCUGCAAAAAGACGGGGAUCAGAGUGCUGGGUGUGGUGGAGAAUAUGGCAGGGUUCGUGUGCCCGAAUUGCAGCGAAUGCACGAAUGUGUUCUCAAAGGGGGGUGGAGAGGUCAUGGCGAGGGACUUCCAAGUGCCAUUUCUAGGGAGUGUACCGAUCGAUCCAGCGUUUGUGCAGUUGAUUGAAGAAGGGACAAGGCCUGUGUAUCCGAAGGGGACUAUCGUUGAUGGAAAAGAGGUAUUAGCAGCAAAAGGGGGGGAGGAGUCGUUGGUGGAUAAGUAUCGAGAUUGCUCGUUGGCGCCGAUGUUUGAUGGGUUUGUGACACGACUGGUCAAUGAUAUCCGGAGUAGGAGCUAGACACGAGAUUGUGAGGACUGGAUAAUCAAGGCUUUAACGAACAUACCAAAUUCCACGUAUUCAUGACCGGUGAUUACGAUACUCGAGGUGCUCCGUUUCCUCACUUCUUGAGCACUCGACCUUUAUCACUCCACUCCCGCACACACUUGCAUCCCGAACUGCCUUUCGCAGCCUUGUUAUACUCG